AUGGGUCUAAGAGCGUACCACCGUCGCAAUCUCCCUGAGUCUGUUGAGGCCAGUAAUGGCUUCACAAAUAGCAUUCCUAAUCCUAGGACGAGAAAACCAACAUGUAACAAAAGGUUGGCUGAAAUAAUCAGAGAUUAUGUGCUGACCCCGUGGCUGUCCCGCCUUGAUUCCGUGGCUCCCCUUGACCCCGUGGCUCCUGCCACCCCGUGGCUCCCCUCGACCCCGUGGCUCACCCUCGACCCCGUGGCUCGCCCUGCCCCUGUGGCUCACCCUCGACCCCGUGGCUCACCCUCGACCCCGUGGCUCACCCCUCCGACCGUGGCUCACCCUCUGACCGUGGCUCACCCUUACCCCGUGGCUCACCCCCCGGCCCCCGUGGCUCACCCCUUAACCUCGUGGCCCACCUUUGACCCGUGGCCCACCUUUGACCCCGUGUCACCCCGCCUGGCCCCGUGGAUCACCGCCGACCCGUGGCUCAACCCUUACCCCGUGGCGCUCAACCCCUUGACCCCGCAGCUCUGA